AUGUACAUUUACCCAAAGGAGGAAUUUGAUGCGUCCAGCAUGCUGGCGGCCUUCACUCUGGCCUCUCUGGGCCUCCUGGCGUGGGCGUCCGGCCUCUGCCCGCCGGCCUGCCGCUGCUCUGGCAACCUCAGCAGCGUUUGGUGUCAGGACAGCGGACUGGAGCGCUUCCCCGAGCUUCCCGCCGGCACGCAGCAGCUGUACGCCUCGUACAACCAGAUACAGGAGAUACCCCAGCGUGGGCUGGAAGAGCUGCAGGUCCUGGACUUGACGAAGAAUCAGCUGAGCGCCUUCGUGUCCGUCAGCUCGGUGUGGCCCAACAUGACGGAGCUGUUAAAACUCCUCCUGAGCAACAACGGACUGACGUCCCUUCACCCCGAUCAGUUCGUGAACUGCCCCGCUCUCACCGUCCUGGACCUGAGCAAGAACAACAUCAGGUAUCUGCCGGUGGGAUUCCUCCGGGGAUUAUCUAAGCUGAAGACUCUGUUUCUGAACUAUAACCACAUCGACACACUGCAGGCCGGCGCUCUGGAAGGAGCCCUCGUCCUCUCUGACCUCAACCUCAAUCACAACAGGAUAACACAGGUAGAGGACGGCGUUUUCGAGAAAUCUGUUGCGCUGCAGAACCUUUAUCUGGCCGAGAACAGCCUCGCGGCAGUGGGUGAGGACGGCUUCAGAGGGGCGACGGGUCUCAAACAGCUCGACCUGAGCGCCAACCGGCUGGUCUCAGUCCCGGCUGAGGCCCUGAGGCACGUGCACAGGCUCCAGCACCUGUAUCUGCAGAAGAAUGAGCUCAGCGAGCUUCCGGACGGCUGCUUCUCCUCCCUGAGCCUUCUGGCCCAGCUCGACCUGAGCAGCAACAGGCUGACGGCCGUGUCGGAGGGAUCACUGAGAGGUCUGACCAAUCUGACCGACCUCAUCCUGACUCUGAACUUCCUCCAGUCGUUUCCCUCCAACGCCUUCAGCGACCUGCUCAGCCUGGAGUUUCUCGAUCUGUACGACAACAGGCUGACAUCCCUCCCCGAGGACCUUUUCCGAAACUUGACCAAUUUACAAGACCUGCAGCUGGACAACAAUCAGCUCUCGGCUUUACCGGUUGGCAUACUGGACCCACUGCGCAGACUCAAUGAGUUACAGCUGUCCAACAACCAAAUCCGGGAGCUCCACCCUGCUCUGUUCACCAGGCUCAGGUCUCUGCAGAACCUGUACUUGGAGAACAACGCCGUGAAGUUCCUGCCCGAAGGCGUUUUCCACCAACUGAGCGGCCUGAGAGAACUCCACCUCCAGAACAACCAGAUAAGCUCUCUGCAUCCCUCCGUCUUCCACGGCUUAGCGAGAUUGAGCAGACUGAAGCUGUCCGGCAACCGGCUGUCUUCACUGCACCAGCAACAGUUCUACGGCCUCGGCGCCUUGAAGGAGUUGAAGCUGGACUCGAACCAGUUGGAUAAACUUCCUAAACAUGUGUUCAUAGGACUGUCAAGGCUCGUAACGCUGGAUCUGGGGAACAAUCAGCUUUCAGAGCUGGCGCCUCACGAAUUCGCUGGGUUGACACAUCUGAAAGAACUCAACUUGAGCUUCAAUGAAGUGCAGGACAUUCCAUUGAGUACUUUCCACUCUCUCUCAAACCUUCGCCAUCUUGUUCUGAGGAACAACAGCCUGAACAGUUUACGUCCUAAGCUCUUCGCCCACAUGUCCAAGCUGUCAGAACUGAACCUGGAGGGGAACAGGCUGGACCUGCUGCCGCCCGACGUCUUUCACGGACUGAAAAACCUGCAGAAACUAAACCUGAAGUCCAACCGGCUCAGAGGAGUGGAGGCUGGCGCCCUGAAGCCUUUGAAGAACCUCAGCGUCGUCUACCUGUCAGGGAACCGCUGGAACUGCAGCUGUGUGGAGAUCCUCUACAUCAGCCGCUGGGUGGGCAGACACGGAGAGAAGCUGGGAGACCAGCCCACCUGCUGCUCCUCCCCCGCCCUCGGUGAGGGCACGCCGCUCUCUCAGCCGGCUCUCUCCCCGCAGUCGCUGUCAGAUCUUUGCUUCACGAGUGCUGCAGGGGGUACACCUUCGUUUCCUCUAGAAAUGCUGAUUGUGCUCUCACCGUUCAUCGCCGCUCUCAGCUCAUUCUGACAUCCUCUUUUGUGGCUUUUAUCUGCUGUAACCAGCAAGUCUUUAAACUUUUUCGCUCAUCUGCUCUUCAGUUUGACGUCUUUGCACCAUGUUGUGACUCUGAGACUAAGGAGGAAACAGUUCAGACCUUCCAACUUUGGGAAAACAGAGAAUCUGCCAAACAAUUUGGCUCAGAACUGCACUUUCCCCCCAAAAAAACAUAUUCUUAAACAUACGAUUUGACUAAAAAAUGUAUCUAACUACCACCGUAUGAAGACUUUUUAACUCGUCACCAUUAACUAAACAUCUGGACCAUUUCAGUGCAGUUCCAUUUUUGCUGUUAUUUUCAUGCUAAAAAAAUGUAAUAUUCUGUCUCUCAGCAAAAUUAAAAGCGCCACUACAUUCAAUAUCAACAUCAUUAUCACAGAAUAACUUGCAUGCACAUAGAAAUUAAUCAACUCUUGAGUUCCUCCUUCUCUUUGAAAAUGUUUGAAAAACUUCAUAAUUCUAAAAUGAUCUUAGCAUUUCUAAUCCAGAUUGUAAACUCUGAGAAAACUUUCUCGCUUUUCCUGCACGUCGUAGUAAAAAAUAUAACUUUGUUGGGGUCUUUCAAAAGACAAACUGAAGAUUUUAACUCUGUAUUUACAGGCUCUUACAAGAAAAAAAUAAAAUCAUAUCAAUCUGAAGGGAAUUAAAGAGAUGCUGCUCCAGUAAACUGGAGUUUAGUGACA